AUGGACGCGUGCCUGCAGAAGUUCGAGACGAGCAUGGGCUCCGCAUCGGUCACACCCACCUCAUCUGAGAAAGUGAUUGCCUCCACGCAUCGCCGUGUCGCUCACUGGGACAACAUGCGCGAGAAGUGCAGUAACUGCGAGCACAUCUACCUCAAGACACUUAGUCGGCACGUGGGCUUCUGCUCGGUAGACUGCAAGUCUAACAUGAUCUACCUGGAAAAGGUCAACCGCACCAUCCGCGCCAUGAAGGAGGCAGUGGAUGAGCGUCGAUCUACACAAGAGCAAGCGUUGGUUGAAGAAUUGAAGGUGCAGCAAGAGCCGCAGGUUGACCAGCAGUCUAAGCUGCAGUCCGGCCAAGCCUCUUCUCAAGACGACGUUUCCAAAUCCGACGCUUCGCACAGCUUGAAGCACGCGCAGUCGUUUGCUGAGUUUGACGUCGAGUCUCGAGUAUUAGACGCUAGCAAUGUCAAUUGGUCGUUCAGCGCAGUGUACUAA